AUAAACUCAAAAAAGCAGUCUUAUUUUUAUUUUAUUAUUAUACACGAAUUUGAUUCAUUACGAAUUAAUAGAUUUGCAAUCAAAAUGUUCAAUAAGCAAAGAUUAUUAAAUACUCAAAAUGUCUUACAUGUUACAACAUUUACACAAUGGAUGGCAAGUUGACCAGGCAAUUUUAUCCGAAGAGGAUCGUGUCGUAAUCAUUCGUUUUGGACAUGAUUGGGAUCCGACCUGUAUGAAAAUGGAUGAAAUCCUUUAUGGUAUUGCUGAAAAGGUAAAAAAUUUUGCCGUCAUCUAUUUGGUCGACAUAACUGAAGUACCAGAUUUUAAUAAAAUGUACGAAUUAUAUGAUCCAUGUACGGUCAUGUUUUUCUUCCGAAACAAACACAUUAUGAUCGAUUUGGGUACUGGUAAUAAUAAUAAAAUCAAUUGGGCAUUAGAGGAUAAGCAAGAAAUGAUUGAUAUUGUUGAAACAAUUUAUCGUGGUGCACGAAAAGGUCGUGGUCUGGUUAUUUCACCAAAAGAUUAUUCUACUAAAUAUCGAUACUAGAAAUUAUAAUAAUGUAUAAUGUAAUUUAUUUAUUUUUAUUAUAUCGGAAAACUGAAUGGGCAUUAAAUAAAAAUUGAUGAGAUGGCAAUUAUAAAUUGAUGAAAAAUGAUUAAUAAAAAUUUGUUCGCUCCACAUGUGACUUCAUC